AGAAAUCCUCAGAGCCCACCCAAGCUGUACGCAAGUGGAAAAGCCCUCGAAGUGGUCGGGCAACUUUGGCUUGUGACUCCUUCCACGAUGAAACGAUAAACAAUUAAUUAAUCAAAUAAUUUGGUGGGGGUGGUGGUGGGCGGUGGGUGUCGAGGAUUGUGAUGUGAAUUGACAGUGAACCGGAGGCCACGGGAUGGCGAGCGCUGGAACAGGUGCACCUGGCGACGGGGUCGACGGGGAUGGAACUUCGGGAAUGAGAAACCCAUUGAUCUGCGGUGUUUGUCAGGAUUAUUACACAGAGCCCUGUCUACUGUCGUGUUUUCAUACUUUUUGCUCGAGGUGCCUCAGGAAUACGCAGAUUGAUGGGAAGAUCACUUGUCCCAUAUGCAAGCAAAUGACACAGCUCAAGGAAGGCAGCCAGCUGCCACCCGCCGACCAAUUGAUGCGACAAUUGAUUGAGAUAGCAAACUCCGAGAACCCGGCGUGCGCAAAUUGCGACAAAAGGGACAAAACGACGAUGUUUUUUUGCACUACUUGCGGCCAGGCCCUGUGCACCCACUGUCGCGAGCACACGCACCGCGCCAAGAUGUUCUCCACGCACGAGGUGAUCCACAUGAGCAAAUGCUCAAAGGACACUCAGCGUCGUUGCGUAGCACAUGGAGAGCUGUACAUAAUGUACAGCCAGAGCACAAAAUCCAUGCUGUGCGCAACGUGCUUCCGUGACACACCAGCUGACGCGAGGAUGCACUGCCUGGACAUCGACACAGCCUGGCAGCAGGCCUCCAAGAAGAUGGAGAAAGCCGCCAACUCGAUAUGUGAGAUUCAGGCGAGUGUGCGUGACGGUGUCCUGGCCCUCAAGUCCCAGCUGGACGAGCUCAAGCACAGUCUUGAGAGCGAGAAGCGCUCAUUGAACGCCUACUGCCAGGUGAUGCAGGAGACAAUAGGGAAGAGUCACUCGUCCAUAAUUACCGAGUUGCAGCGCCAGUUCGAGAGUAAAGACCGAAUGGUGAGGGCUCAGCUCAUUAAUCUGGGCUCAGCUCUGCCAGUAUUGCAGAUGCACUUGAUGCUCUGCACUGUUUUCACCAGCGGUGCCACGAAGUACCAGUUCCUGGAGCUAGCGCAUCCAAUGCUGGAGCGACUGGGGCGUGUGGCACAGUUGGGACAUCCGUCCAGGCCGUCCCUGAUAUCCGCACACCUGAAGAUGAAUUAUCGCGCUGAAUUCGCGCGUUCUUUGCAAACAUUUCUCACCCAGUCUCAGGGACAGGGGCACAAGGACUCGCUGUACGAGCACACGCACACGGGCAAUCAGAACGAGCAGGUCCACAUGCUUCAGAGCUCGAAGACACCACCGAGGGGACAAAAAACUCCGGGUGAUAGUGGCCCCUUCUCCAGUCACUGCCGAACCUUCGAUUCUCAGCUGAAGGAUCUCAGCCAACAGCUCAUCACUGUCAAGGAGAGGCUGGGAGAGCUCCACAGGGAUGUCGCGAUGCUCAGGAGGGCUAACACACCACCGCUGGGCUCUAGGUAUGAUCACGUGACGAGGGACUGUCGGUUGCUUGAGCAGCAGCUGGAGCAUCAUCAGAUUGAACUCGAGAGACUCAGGAAUAUAUUUGAUGCACUGUGGGAGGAGCAGCUUUGCAAGAUUCAUAUUGAGAAGGAGAUCUUCCACUCGCAGAUGAACGAUAUUCUCACGUUGAGAGGUGAGGUCAAGCAGUUGCAGAGCCUCACGCAGCAGUUGGAGCCCUUUGUUAAGUCCUUUUCGGCGGGAAUCACUGCUGGGGAGAUGAGUUCCGCCGCUGCGGACGCUGCGGGGCAUCAGCAUCUUCAGGCGCUGUUGGAUCACUUCACAAGGAUGCAGAUGCAGGAGCCACAGGGACAGGGGGCUGCACCCACUAAGGACUGCAGGCAUGGCAAGAAUGCUGCGGCUGACAAUAUUCUUUAUAUGAAAGAAUCCAAAGAUGUACCACCGAGGAGUCGCACACCCUCGGGUGGUGUUGGAGCCCUCCUGGACUCUGGAGGGAAUAUAAUCGUUUACGGCACUGCCAAAUCAUCGGAAGCAAAGCGUGGUGUAUUGAGCCAACUGAUCGAGAAGGCGCGAACGAGGGAGGACAGGAAGAAGUCACCGGGUCGUGAGGAAGGUGGUCGUGACAGGAGUCAAACGAGACGGUCGAGAAAGUCACCAGAUCAGGCCAAACCCAAGACACCACCUGGACAGUCAUCGGGCAGCAAGGUCAGGUCUUUGUACAGGACCCUCAAGGACACCUGCGGUGACAUCAUCGAUCACGGGGAAAAAAUGAGUGAUUCACAUCAGCAACAGCAAUCCCACUCCACAGGUGCCCCCGAGGAAAGUGAGUACCAGCGAAUAUCGGAGGCAUCUACCCUCGGUGAAGCAAAGAAAUCACGAGUCCAGGCCCAGAUUCACGCUGUUCCGCAAGAGGAGCCGAAGCUCCAGUCCCAGCAAUCGAAAUCCCAGACACUGCCAACGAGUUCAUCAACGUCGAUUCAAAAAUCCGUGAAGGUUUAUCCAGCGAGUGACUCGGAGGACGUCUUCUACGGAGGCGACAAGUCCGCGUCGUCUGACGGCAGACGCAGAAGACGCGCCAGCUGCGACAGCCUCUCUACGACGGGCUCCGGCAACAGCAGACGAUCGAGCAUCGCUGAGGGGACAACCGGUGGCCCGAUGAGCCAAGACACUAGGAAAACACUGCUCGUUCUCAUCGGGCCAACGCCCAAGUCCAAGUCAACGGCCAGUCUUGUACAAAAACAACGGUCCUGGGAGACAUUUCCCCGGCCGAAGAGCAAAAGAUCUGCAGCAGCUGUGGCUGCUGCCGAAGCUAGUGCAACCGGUCUUGGUCCGUUGAAGAAAGCGGACAGUUUCGAGGGGCACGAGGAGGCGGUCAGAACGCUCGUCGCUGCGGUCCAAGAGACCAGGGUUCAGAGGCAUCAUCAUGCACAUCACUACAGGCAUCACCGUAAAAGCAAAACAAAUUGAAUUUUUUUAUUGUUCUGCUCAUUUUAUUUUUUAACAAACAAUUUUUUUAUUUUAGUGGCGUGAAGCAUUGAUUUUUCUAAACACUAUUCCUUGGAUUAUUUCGUCAAUGUUUUUCUCAUUUUUCUCAUGAGUUUGAGAUGAUUUUUAAAAAACUGGCGUUCAUCACUGGAAUCACUUUGUCCUCUCCUUUAACUUCACAUUUCUUGUGCAAUAAAUCACAAUGAGAUUUUCCGGAUCAAACGAUUUAACGGCCCCAUGAAAAGUCAUGUUCCAAAUCGUGUAAAAAAUGCUGCCAAGUGAGGGAUAAAGAUACGAGGAAUUCUUCGUGACGAUUGAUGAAGCACUUAGAGCCUUCCAAUAGUUAUUCAAUAUAGAGAAGCUAGUAUAAACGAAAAAUGUAGUUAAUUUGAUGGAUUAAAUCGAAACGUUAAUCAAACAGAGACAAAAAUGGCCGUUCAUUAGGAGAUUAAUUAAGGUACUUCCGGAGUAUAACAAGAUGUGCUACAGUGUCAAAAUUUUGAUUUAAAGCUAAAUUUGUCAUUUGUCCAGGGCCUUAGGAGACACUCCGAUGGGGAAUGAUGAGCAUUGACAAUAUGCUGAGAAUUCAAAUACUCGAUUUAGCCCAUCGUUGACGUUCCCAAAAUCCAUCCCUACCAUUUCAUUAUUCAUGACCAUAGGAAUUGGAUGGAUCCAUGAUGAUUUUGGAAGUUAUUCAUUGGAGUUUAUCGUUAACUCCGCGUACAGGGGUUUGGGGUACUGUGGAAGUACCUUAAGAUACGAAGGGAGGAUAAUUAUGAGCUAGUAAAUUGACACUGCCAGCAACGGUAAAUAACGAAUUUAAAUUAAUUGAGUAAUUAUUAAUUGAAUCAAUGGAAGAAUAGAUGAAGAAUAAGGAUAAAUACUGAAUGCUCGUUAUUGUCAAAGAAUCUCUAUCCUAUUGGGGAUAUUCAAGUAUUUUACUUGCUAUUAAUUAUUAGUUUAUUUAAGCAUAAUAAGUCUAAAUCUUUAAUGUUAUAAAAUAUUUGAAGAUCUGAUAAAAUUAGAAAUUUAAUCUCUUCAGAAAGAUCGAUGAGAUACUUGACACGUUAUCAUGUUUCAGAAAAUUUAAACGUUUAUUUCAAUAGAUACUAAUAACCAUAAUAACCAAUUAUGAAUUAUUAUUAUUUCUAUGUACGUUUUCUAUGAAAAAUACUUGGAUAUCCUUGAAUUGAUAUUGAAAAAUGUGGUUCUGUGUCCGAUGAUUCGCGUAUCUGUUCACACUCAUCUGUAUCUGGAUAUUUGAGCCUAAUAGCCACGCCGCCAGACGUAGGGGCAAUUACGUUUCAAUGAACGGACGAUGAAUUGAAUUGAAUAUUUCUCAACGUGUGGUAUCACGUUGAUAAUGCUCAUUGUACGUUAUUAUGAUAUAUAUACCGUGAUUUAAGCACUUGAUGGAGAAAAAUUAUAAGAUACGUAAUACUGAAGAAUUAUAAAAUCGAUGAUGGAUUUGUUGGAAUAUUAUUAUGUGAUGGAAAUAAAAAAAUAUCGAAUCA